GGAAGCAUAUUUCCUUAAAAUUUCUUGCCGGUAAGUCAAUAACAUGUAAACGCUGCCAAAGUAAGGCUCACUAACAGAUUCACUCAUUAAUUUUUUUUUUAUACCUGUCAUUUUCAUUUAUUUAUAAUAAUAAACAUUAAUAAACAAGUCACCUAAAAUUCAAUUGCUGUAUGUUUUGAAUUUAAAAUUACAUAGAUAAUUAUUUGAAGUUAAAGUAAUGCUAAGGUAGUUUCCAAGAUUAAGAUAGUAGAGAGAGGCAUUAUCAUUCAUACAUUACAUAGAUUAAAAAAAAGCUACUUUUACUGAGUACUAGGUAGGUUACUUACUUACUAACCUUGACUACCCUCUUCUUAACUUAAUUACCAGUAGUGGUGAAUAGUCUGAAUAGUCAUAGUCAUGUUUAUAAUAAUAAUAUGAUAGUGGAACAAGAUAUCAAAAUCAUUUAUUUUAUGUUCAGGGUUGAAAAGAAAAAACAGGACAAUUAAAGUUAAAGGGAUUGAGCUAGAGUAGAGGCCUUCUUCACCAGACCAUACAAAACAAGAAACAACAACAGUUAUAGUUAGCUAUGGUUAUAGGCCAGUGAUGGGAUGGGCAAUAUGCACCCUAAGCAUAUUACAGGAUAUAGAGUGCAAAGUGCACUAAGCAUAAUUCACUAUGGGUAGAGCACAAUGCUUCCUUCCUCAUAAAUAAAGUUCGUGCCGACAUUAUUCUAUCUCUCUAGAUAAUGCGGCAAGAAGUGUCAACAACCUGCAGUUGCCCCCUUUAUUGAAAUAAUUUCAGCCAGUAAAUUGAUUUAGAGUUGAAUUUAGCAAAGCUCUGAGGUUGAUUAGUUACACAUUACACAUUGUGGCAACAAUUGUAAAGUUGUAAAAAUGAAGAAUAAAAAAAAAUAAUAUGAAAAAAAUAUUGCUGAUGAAAAUUGCGAAAACAUGAACAGCUGAGUAUUGUGCAUUGUCAUAAUAACAAAUUGAGCCUCAGGAAGCAGCAAUUAUGCUCAACUGGCCCCACCCAUUCACUUCGUAUAUUUUAUAUUAUAUUAUUAUUAACCUCUAACCAUAGAAAACUACUGAGUAUUAAGGUAACGAAGCCUAAACGCAUAGUGUAGUAGUAGGCCCAGUAACUUUUACUUAGAUGUAGUUACUAUUAGAUGUACUAGUGAAGUACAAUAGCAAUUAUAUAAUAAUACUAACUAAUACUAAUAGUUAGUAGUCAAGUCAAAAUCAACCAACGUUUUAUAAUUUUAGAGAUUAAAAUGUAAUAGGUCAAUUUGUACUGUUGGAGAUCUUGGAAGUUUCACGUUUGAUCAACUUCUGCAGCCAUCCAACAAUUUUAUUGUCACUGUAGUCAAGGAAGAGCCACUCCCCACUGUUGUUAAAGAAGAACCAGUGGAGCCAGAAAUCGUGAGGAACCAAUCCAAAUCCAAGAUGUACCACUGCACCCAUUGUUUGUUACAAGUCCACCUUUAGUAACUCAUAGUCUUAGGUCUAACUCACUGUUAUGCAAGAUUGAUAAAAUCCAUGAUUUUAAAAUAAAUGUAAAAAAAAAAAAAAUCAGAUUUAUUUAAUUUAAAUUUAAAUAAGAUUUUAAAAAUUUAAAUUGCUUUUUUAAUUUUUUUUUUUUAAAGGAUUUUUUUACAUUUUGAGGUAUAUCAAUGUUUAUUAACAUUAAACAUUAUAUAGUUAAUAGUAUUUAAAUAUAGUUUGGAUAAAAGUGUAUUUUUAUGUUCAAUGUGUAAAAGAUCAUCAAAACUAAACAAAUUUGUACAGCUGAAGCAAAAAUGCCCUUAAAAAUACUAAAAUAGCAUGAAACAAACAUCAAACUAGUGAAUUUAAAUGUUUACAAAUUAAGCCUUAGCGUAUUGAGUCAUCUUUAUGAAAAAGUUAACAAGCCAAUUGAUAUUUGGGAAGCAUUUAAUUUUAUCUAAAAUAAAUAUUAAAAUGGCAUUUUUUUUUAUCUAAUACAAUAUUUGUUUUUUUCUGAUUUGCAGAUUUCUGAACAUGCAAAAAUUGUUUGUUCUGGACCAAAUAUAUAUUUGCCUAUCACAAAUCUGUGACUAAAGAGUCUCCUCUUUUUUUGUAAGGUCUCCACCUCUAAAAUAUUCAAUUUGAAAUUAAACAUGAGUUCAGUGUUUUCUUCAACCAGUAAAAAGGAUAGUGAGCAGCCUGCUCAAAAUAGAUUUACAUUAUUGGAUGUGGAAAGUUUUAAAAGGAGGAUGAAUCCAAAAAAAUCUUGUUUGGGGACAAGAUCAAAACAAAGGCCACAGAAAAGGAAUGAAAUAAAAAGUGAGAAAGCUGUUGAGCAUUUCAAAUCAAAGUUUCGUCCGAACAGUUAUAAUAAUCAAGAAAAUGAACCGAUAGAGAAAGUCUCUAGAAACUGUGUAGCUUCCUCUAAAUCUUCCCAGAGAGAGGUUUUGAAAACAGCUUCCAGUCAUGGUAGACGAGGUAAACAUAAACCCGCACAGCGUUCUAAAUUUUUAUGUGAAGUUUGUUGUGCCAUGUUCAAAACAUCCACUAACCUUAAAGAACACAUCAAGAUUCAUUCAGAGGAAAAAGAAUUUAGGUGCGUGCAUUGCAAUUAUGGGUGCCACAGAGAGAGGAACCUCAAGCUUCACAUGCUAACUCACGCUGACCAAAAACCCAUCAAAUGCCAACUCUGCGAUUACUCUUGUAUACAAAACUUUCAACUGCGGGCUCAUCUCCUGCUCCAUGAGUCAGCAACUCCAUUUCAGUGCCAGCAGUGUGAUGCAAAAUUUAAAAAACAAGCUGGACUGAAGAUGCAUUUGCUCACACAUUCUAAUCAGUUCAAAUUUAAGUGUGACCAUUGCCAGUAUGUAACCAAUCGUUUUGCUGAUUACAGACGGCACUUACUUAUACACACUAAAUCUAAGCCAGAGAAGUGUCCGUACUGCAGUUAUUCGUGUAUUCGCAAAUCAAGACUCCGAGCUCACAUGCUUGUUCACAGAGGUAAAAAUGUCAACCAGGGAGAAGAUUCAGAGUUAACAAAAUUAGAAAAAGAUUUGAUGCGAUGUGACAAGUGUGAAUAUGUUUGCACUACAACUUCGAGGCUUAGAAAGCACCAGAAAUCUCAUGUUAAGAAAAAGGAGUUGAAUUUUAUUGAGCCACAAACUUCAGUACUGAAAGAUGAAUGUAAAUAUGAAGAAGAAAAUCCAUUAAUCUUGACAUUUGCACCUCUGGAUAAACCUUCAGUAGUAUUAACUACAUCACAUUGUGAGCGUCCUCCACCAAACAUUGACUUGAUAUCUUUAACAACAAAUCAAGAGAAUCAGUUGUCUGACUUUAACAGCUCAUUGAGCCAGGAACUGCUAACAACAGCGGAAAAUGAACAGAUUAGUUACAGUCACCCACACGAUGAGCAAGAAUUGCUGAACCCUGCUAACCAGGCUAUCCUGCUCACAGCUUCUGAUCAACAACAGGAAGGACAGCAGUUAAUACAGAAUGAUCAGACGGUUUUGCUCUCUACCACCGGUCAGCAGUGGGACCCUGAGAGUGAAUGGCCUGACACAGACACCUUCACUGUUGGAGAUCUUGGAAGUUUCACGUUUGAUCAACUUCUGCAGCCAUCCAACAAUUUUAUUGUCACUGUAGUCAAGGAAGAGCCACUCCCCACUGUUGUUAAAGAAGAACCAGUGGAGCCAGAAAUCAUGAGGAACCAUUCCAAAUCCAAGAUGUACCACUGCACCCAUUGUUUGUUCUCCUGCGAUUACAAGUCCACCUUUAACAAGCAUCUUCGAAAACACACUAGCACAAAGAACUACAAGUGCGCCCACUGCCACUACAUGUGUGAUGAAUUAUUCCGCAUGAAAAAACAUUUGAUCAGCCACACUGAUCAGAAGCUGUACCACUGUGAUGUUUGCCAAUUUGCCUGCAAGAGUAAGAUGACUUUACAGCAGCACGCUCUGACACACACAACUGGAGGAAAGCCCUCAAAUCUCUACCAGUGUCCUCGGUGCGAUCACAGAUGUAAGAGUCUGCAGGGUCUGAAGUCACAUCUGGUCAAGCACACAGGAGAUAACCCUUACAAAUGUGACAUCUGCAGUGAAAAGUUUGCCACGGAUUACCUAAUGAAGAAGCAUAAAUUCUCGCACGGUUUGAAACCUUUUCAGUGUCAGUACUGUAGCUAUUCAUGUGUUCAGAAACAACAGCUGAGCAUACAUUUGCUUCAGCAUACAUACGAGUACCCGUUCUGCUGCCACCUGUGCAAUGCCAAAUAUAAAAAGCAUGACAGCCUAAAGAUACACAUGAUGUCUCUACAUGAAAACCGACACAAAUAUAACUGUGAGCUGUGCAACUAUGCAGGGAACAGGGCUGCAGAUUUCAGAGAGCACAUGCUGACUCAUUCUGAUCGAAAGCCCCACCAGUGCCCGGAAUGUUCAUUCUCUUUUAUACGCCCCACUCAGCUUAAGAAGCAUAUGGCUAUCCAUAUGAAAGAUCAAAUCAAACCUAAAUCCUUGUUAAGGAAAAAGGUUUAUCGCUGUGCUUUCUGCGACUUUACAUGUACUCGAACUAUUCGGCUCAAAGCUCAUUUAUCCAAGCUGCACCUCAGCUUACCUGACAAUGUUAUUUUUACAUUAGAGAGAGAAGAAAUUUUGGAUCAAUGAAAAGCAAUUAUACUCAAGAUCACAUGUCAUUGUAUAAAUGUACCCGUUAUUAAUAAACUGUUUAAAUAAAAAGUCUUUUGUAAAUUUACAUUGGUUUAUACUUAUUGACAAUAAAGCUGGAU